AUGAGCACGAAUUCUCCAUCUGAGGCAUCUCAAGAAGACAUUGCGGCCGCCCAAGGUGCAGUUCUCGUGAAAUCAUGUCAGGUACCGGAUGGAUCAAUUCCAAUCCGCGGGUUUGAUUUCAAUUCCACUCCCGAUUUUUCAUUGUCUGCAAUUUUAUCAUCUUAUAUGAGCACAGGAUUCCAGGCGACUCAUUUAGCUCAAGCUAUUCAGCAAGUAAAUGAAAUGCUCACUCUCCGUGAAACUCCUCUAGACUGUGAUGACGAUGAAAAGAAGAUGCCAUAUCCAGAAGGACGCGAUAAACGAUCAUGCACAAUAUUCCUCGGAUACACCUCAAAUUUAGUGACCAGCGGACUCAGAGAGGUCAUUCGUUUCUGUGUUCAACAUAACCUCGUCGACUGUAUUGUCACAUCAGCUGGUGGAAUUGAAGAGGAUUUGAUCAAAUGUCUGAAACCGUCCUAUCUUGGAGCAUUCACAAUGGAUGGAAAAACAUUGAGAUCGAAUGGAAUGAAUCGAGCUGGAAAUGUGCUGAUUCCGAAUGAUAAUUAUUGUGCAUUUGAGGACUGGCUUAAUCCGAUUCUUGACGAAUGUUUAGAGAAACAACAGAAGGAAAAUUUCAAUUGGACACCGUCAAAGUUGAUUCAAGUACUCGGAGAACGAAUUAAUGACGAGUCGUCGAUUUUGUAUUGGGCUGCGAAACAUAGGAUUCCAGUGUUCUGUCCGGCUCUUACUGAUGGAUCUUUAGGCGAUAUGCUCUAUUUCCAUUCUGUAAAAAGUGCUCCAGGAUUGCGUGUGGAUAUUGUUGAGGACGUUCGACACAUCAAUACUAUUGCUGUGAAAAGUCUCAAAACAGGAUCUAUCAUUCUCGGAGGAGGUGUCGUCAAACAUCAUAUCAAUAAUGCAAAUCUGAUGAGAAACGGUUCUGAUCAUACUGUCUACAUCAAUACAGGACAAGAGUUCGAUGGAUCCGAUUCGGGAGCUCAACCAGAUGAAGCUGUCAGCUGGGGAAAAGUGAAACCAUCGGCUGGAGCAGUGAAGGUACACGCCGAAGCGACACUCGUUUUCCCUCUACUUGUUGCUGAAACUUUUGCGAAACGCGUUCAUCGGAAGAAUUGA